CGUUAACCACUCUACUUCACCAAGCUUAGUAGAUAUAGAGGAUCUUAUACACAACUUCUUGAUAAUCAACUUAGAGUAUUCAAUGCGCCAGAAGGAUGGUUGGAAGGAUAUUGAAGCUACAAUUCACUGUGCUGAAUGGCUCUCUAUAGUUGGUGGUUCUAGUACAGGAGAUCAACGAAUUAGACGUGAGGAAUCCUUGCCUAUUUUCAAGAGAAGGCUUCUGUGUGGUUUGCUGGACUUUGCUGCUAGAGAAUUACAAGUUCAGACUCAAGUUAUUGCUGCAGCAGCUGCUGGUGUUGCAGCCGAGGGGUUAUCCCCAAAAGAGGCAAAAGUGGAAGCAGAGAAUGCUGCACAGCUCUCUGUGGCUCUUGUAGAGAAUGCAAUAGUGAUGUUGAUGCUUGUUGAAGAUCAUUUACGAUUGCAAAGCAAAUUAUCUAAUGCAUCAAGGGCCACUGAUAUUUCCCCUGCUCCCCUUUCUCUUGUAUCUCCGUUGGGUAAUUGCUCAAAUUCAUCAACAAAUAUUGGAGAGUCAUCAGAACCUAUGGAUGACCGUUGAUCAUUGUUCAGUGAUUCUGCUGGACUCCCUCUUGAUGUGCUUGCUUCUAUGGCUGAUGCUAAUGGUCAAAUUAUCUGCUGCAGUUAUGGAGCGUCUGACUGCUGCAGCUGCAGCUGAGCCUUAUGAAUCUGUUUCCUGUGCUUUUGUGUCUUACGGUAGCUGUGCAGUUGAUUUAGCGGAGGGUUGGAAAUUUAGGAGCCAGAUAUGGUAUGGUGUCGGCCUUCCAUCAAAAGCCUCUGUCCUUGGUGGUGGAGGUAGUGGCUGGGAAUGCUGGAAGUCUGCUUUGGAAAAAGAUGCAAA